AUGGAAGUGGGAAACGAAGAUAGAUCGAUGGCCGAGGCGCAUCUGGGGAAUAAAAAGGCAGCCCUUUGGUACUUGGCGUCCCUAUCGUCUUUCUUUGCUGUGUGUGUGUUCAUCUUACGAAUCUUUGUGAAGCACCAUAUGUGGUCCAAGGAUGAUAAAGACACGGUUCGCGUGGUUCUAUACUAUUCCACAUUUCUCUACGUCAUCUUCGUAACACUCAUAACUGUGAUUCGUGAAUCCCGUGAAAAGAAGUGGCAUGUGGGGAGGCUGGGCCGUUGGAGCAAGAAGGUGGCCGACGUGUUGCUCGUCCUCAUGGGAUUGGGGAUCAGUUAUUAUGCCCGCGGGGACGCGUUGUGGGUCUCCUUGGUCCAAGGGCUUGUUCCUAUCAACGUCAUGGCCACCUUCAAUUUGUUUGGGGAUUUCGUCAAUUUCGGGUUUCGUGAUUGCUGUUUGGUCGUGUUGGUUGAUGCGGCGUUGGCGCUGUCGUUCAGGUACCCCAUGUGGGCCCCGUUCAUAGUUGCCAUCGUCUCUCUUGCUUUUCAAGCCGUCAAGGAGUAUGGCGAUAUCCCGUUGAAUAGGCCUCCUCAUCCCGAUCAUCAUUCUCAUUCGGAGAGCGGUCAAGAAGCAUGUUGA